ACAAAGACUCCUUUAAUGAAUGCUACCUUUCACUACCAGCCCGGGCGGUCCACUGGCUUUAUAUUCGCAAGUUUCAGGUCCACAGAAGUCAUGUCCAUUGACAUGACUAGGUGGAGUCCUUCACGACAUAAUCGUAAUUUACCCACGAGAAUCGGGCGGAGCUAGAUCCACAAGCCCAUGGAAGUCCAUGAAGAAUCGUAAAAAUAUAGUGGGCAUACCGAGUCGAUCGUUUGGGACAUGUUUUUGGCUUAUCGGGCCUUGACAAAUUUCCGCUUACUCUGCCAUUUUCUCAUGUUAACAACCUUCAAGUCCAGUUUCUUCGGACUCUCCAAUCCUUCAACCUAGAAUCUAGAUCUUCAGUUAGUCUAGAAUCAGGGCGCCAUGCAUUUCUCACCAGUUCUAGUCGGCGCCUCGAGCUUGCUGUUUAGUUCAGUGUCAGCCAUUGACGUUGACUGGACAAGUGAUUCCUCCAUCAAGUCGGCUGCGAGUACGGUCGCCUAUGGUCUUGUCAAGUACUAUACAGGAAACAACACAGGUGAUGUUCCUGGAAACUUGCCUGACCCAUACUACUGGUGGGAAGCGGGCGCGAUGUUCGGGCUCUUAGUAGAGUACUGGGCUUUCACAGGCGACACGACGUAUAACGAAAUUACCCUCCAGGCUCUCCAACACCAGGCAGGUGACGAUGCCGACUUCAUGCCUUCAAAUCAGACGAAGUCUGAAGGAAACGACGAUCAAGGCUUCUGGGCUAUGGCAGCAAUGACCGCUGCUGAGCUCAACUUCACAAAUCCGGCUUCGGGCGAACCACAGUGGCUCGCGUUGGCGCAAGCGGUUUAUAACGAGUAUGUCAACCGGUGGGAACCCGACACCUGCGGCGGCGGAAUGCGCUGGCAAAUUUAUACGUUCAACAACGGUUACAAUUACAAGAAUUCCGUAUCCAAUGGGUGUUUUUUCAACGUCGCGUCGCGUUUAGCUCGAUAUACUGGUAACCAAACGUAUGCUGACUGGGCGACCAAAAUUUUCGAGUGGGAGCAAUCCGUCGGCUUCAUCAACUCAAACUACAACGUGCUAGAUGGUGCCGGAAAUGCUGGUAGCGACAACUGUACCGCGAUCAACGCGGCCCAGUUCACCUAUAACGCCGGGUUGUUUAUGCAUGGCGCUGCUAACAUGUACAACUACACCAACGGCUCAGACACCUGGAAGGCACGUGUUGCAGGAAUAGUCAACGCUACAUCGAACGUAUUCUUCGAUAACGGUGUCAUGUGGGAACCAAGUUGCGAAAAAACAUCGGCCAAGUGUAACGUGGAUCAACAGUCUUUCAAGGGUCACCUUAUUCGUUGGAUGGCUCUAACUACGCAGCUCGCCUCCUUUACCUACGACACCAUCAUGCCCCUAAUAAAGUCUAACGCGAAGGCAGUCGCCCAGCAGUGUUCUGGAGCCUCAGGAACAGAUUACAAAGGUCCGGAUGGGACAGCGUGCGGGUUCAGCUGGUUACAGGGGAGUACUUUCGACGGCGAGUACGGUGUAGGAGAGCAAAUGAAUGCGCUCAAUGCCGUCAUAGCUCCUCUGGUCGAUAGUGCACCCACCCCUUAUACCUCCUCAAACGGAGGUUCGUCUGUGGGUAACGUGAACGCGGGUUCAAGCGACGACGACAAGAUCUCUCAGCCGAGAGCCAUCACAACGGCCGACAAGGCCGGCGCCGGCAUAUUGACCGCCCUCAUCCUCAGCGGGUUAAUAGGCGGUAUGGGUUUCGUGUGGGCCGACGGGUCAUAAUCAUCACCCGACUAGACAGGAUUACUCGUGUUUAAGGAAUGGCAUAGUUAAGAAAGCGAAUGCCUGGCGUUUAGUGUUUCGAACUGCGACCAUGAUAGAAUUAUUGCGGAUCAUUAUACCCGGCAGUUGGUCUGUCGCGAGGCGUUACAUGGAUUUGAUGGAU